CGGACCCAACAUUAAAUAAAAUCAAUAAAAGGAAAAUCGGAGUGUGGGAAAGGUAAAUGGGAAGCGACGACUACUGAAGUGACUCCUCUCCUCUCCUCCUCCUUGUUUAGGUUUCUGAGCUCUGAAACUCAUCGGAACUAAUUGCAAUUUUGGGGAGGUUUUGAUUACUCUCGAUGGAUCACCUUUUUUUUCUCUGUUGAUCUUUGUACUUAUCCAAGUACCAGAAGUCAAGAGGUUUCUUUCAUGCCUUGCAGCUCUAAAGGUGCAUGUUGGAGCGAUUGAAAGAGAUCGCUACAUGUGACUUGGUUGGGGUCAGACCUCCCUCAUAAACACCACGUGGCACGAGAUUAGAAAGGAUGCUUGAGGGACCUAAGUUCGAUAUGCUCGCUCCUGGCAAUCACCACAAUUACGAUGCCUUUACGCAAGACUUUUACCAAAAGCUCGGCCAAGAAGGCACUAACAUGUCCACGGACAGUAUGCAGACAAGUAACGCCGGAGGCUCUGUGUCUAUGUCUGUGGAUAACAGUAGCGUUGGCUCUAGCGAUGCUCUUAUUGGCCAUCCCGGUUUGAAGCCUAUGCGUCAUCCUUACUCUCUCUCCGUUGGACAAAGCGUGUUUCGCCCUGGGAGAGUCACACAUGCACUUAACGGUGAUGCCUUGGCACAAGCGUUGAUGGAUAGUAACCAUCCAACUCAGGGACUGGCUAACUAUGAAGAGUGGACUAUAGAUUUGAGGAAACUCCACAUGGGUCCUGCUUUCGCUCAGGGAGCAUUUGGUAAGUUAUACAGAGGGACUUACAAAGGAGAGGACGUAGCGAUUAAGCUACUCGAGAGGCCAGAGAACAGCCCUGAGAAGGCGCAAGCCCUGGAGCAGCAGUUUCAGCAGGAGGUUUCCAUGCUUGCGUUUUUGAAGCACCCCAACAUCGUUAGGUUUAUCGGCGCAUGCGUUAAACCGAUGGUGUGGUGCAUCGUGACUGAAUAUGCAAAAGGAGGCUCUGUCAGACAGUUUUUGACGAAGAGACAGAACCGAGCUGUGCCUUUGAAGCUGGCUGUUAAGCAGGCGUUGGAUGUUGCUAGAGGUAUGGCUUACGUCCAUGAGCGCAACUUUAUUCACAGGGACUUGAAGUCAGAUAACCUCCUCAUAUCGGCUGAUCGGUCCAUCAAGAUUGCCGAUUUUGGAGUGGCAAGAAUUGAAGUUCAAACUGAAGGGAUGACACCAGAGACCGGGACUUACAGAUGGAUGGCUCCAGAGAUGAUCCAGCAUAGACCCUACACUCAAAAAGUGGACGUCUACAGUUUUGGAAUCGUCCUAUGGGAGUUGAUAACGGGUCUGUUACCGUUCCAGAACAUGACAGCGGUUCAAGCUGCAUUUGCUGUGGUGAACCGAGGAGUGCGUCCAACGGUCCCAGCUGAUUGUCUCCCUGUGCUUGGGGAGAUCAUGACACGUUGCUGGGAUGCGAACCCUGAAGUCCGUCCUUGUUUUGCAGAGAUUGUCAAUCUUCUUGAGGGAGCUGAAACAGAGGUAAUGACGACUGUGAGAAAAGCCCGUUUCAGAUGUUGCAUGACGCAACCAAUGACAAUCGACUAAUCUGUUGUGUCAAGAAUAAUAAAGAAGAGAGACAUAAAAGGAGGAAGAAAACAGAGAGGAAGCAAGAAGAGGUUUUAGAUAUAUGUGAGUUUGUGUGUGUGUAUCAAUAUGUAAUAACAUAUUUGUAUCUCUUUUCCCAUAUGAUAGGAGAAGUAACCCAACCAUUUUAGACUACCCGAAAGUUCUAGAUUUUAUGUACUUGUGACCUGUCUGAAGUGUUUGGUUUAGUUUUCCUUGAAUUCAUGGUUCUUUGCUGUGACAGAGGAGCACUUGAUGUGUAAAUGAAUCCGUGACAACGCAUUUAUUUUC